UUAACAACAACAAAAUACUGAUAGUGUCAUCCGGUUUUACUGUAAAUAAAAUAAGCGGAUUUAAUGAACUUCUGGAGUAAUAAAUAGUAAACGUGAAAAGUUCAUUUUUCCAACAAUGGCUGGAGGGAGGGAGAGACCUCUGAGGAUACUCUGUCUUCAUGGUUACCGCCAGAAUGGUAUCAGCUUCCGUGAAAAAACUGGUUCCUUCAGGAAGAUGUUGAAGAAAUAUGCAGAGUUCGUCUACAUAACGUCACCAGUUGAAGUUCCGCCCAUUGACGACGGUCAGGAUAAAGAUGGUGGCAGUGGUUGGUGGUUCAGCAGACAGGAUAAUUAUUUUAACGCUCAAGAGGAGUCAGAAUGCAGUAAAGGAUUUGAGGAAUCUCUGAAGGCAGUUGAAGUAUGUUUUAAAGAAUCUGGUCCAUUUGAUGGCGUCUUAGGCUUCAGUCAAGGUGCAGCCAUGUUAGGCCUACUGUGUGGACUACAGCAACAAGGCAAAAUUAACCUUUUCCUUCAAGUUUGCAAUUUUUGCAUCAGCGUUAGAUCCAGGUCAGCACCACAUCAGUGCUUGUAUUCCGAGAAGAUCACAUUGCCUACCCUUCAUAUCUAUGGUGAAACUGAUCAGGUAAUAGGGAAGGAUAUGAGUGAGGAACUGCUACAGUACUUCCACGAGCCGGAGACUCACGUACAUCCUGGAGGACACUUCGUACCUGCAACAGCAGCCCACAAAGCCAUAUAUGUGAAAUUUUGGAAGAUAUGAAACAGAUUUGUAUUGUAUAAAAUAGUUUUUUUUAUAACUUGAAUGAAAGGUGUAAAAGUGUUAUUAGAACAUUGUUGAAUGAGUUCUACUAGCACUUCCGUACCUGUAUUUUGCAUAUUGAUAGAUACUCUACUAGCAUACUUUUUUACUUAAAAUUUGUUUGGAACACUUGGCAUGUUUAUUUCAUUAAUAAAUUGAUGAAUUACUCAUUCAUAAUUUUAUAUUGCACAAUGCAAAAAGUGUUGCAUUUACAACUUUUGUGGAAAUGUAUGAUGGAUCAGUGAGGUUUGCAGUAGUUAUGUGGGCAGUGGUGGACCUACAUUUU